GGCGGCGCUCACGUCCUGAUUUGGUGGUAAUGUCCCAGAUCUAGAAGUUUAUCAAGUGAGAGCAUGUCUGCUGUGGCCAGUGACCAAUCACGGAUCAAUAAUCAAUCAAAGAAUAAUAAUAAAAACAUUACACUAAUAACAAUGGACUCUAGUUUAGACAUCAGUGGUGAAUCGAUGUUCCCUACUCCACGUCAUGAUACAUCACCUGUGAGGGAAGGUAGACAAACGUUAUCGGAAUCAAGGAGAAGCCCUGCAUAUGAUGGGCUCAGUGCUUAUAGGAGAUCUCCGUCACCAGCAUUGGAAGAAGCCCGUACCAAAGAACAGAUUCGUCAGCUCAAGUCACAAGUAAAACAGUUACAGACUGAAAACAAUGCUGAAAUGGAGACGUCCGCGCAGCUUAGACGAAGAAUCAACCAAUUAGAAAGAGACAAAGUUGAACUGACGAGCACGAGUAAUGAUGAAACAAGUAAGUUACAGAGUCAAGUUGCUAAGUUACGGUCACAGGUGGAGAAAGGAGAAGCCAUCAAACAAACACUGGAAUAUGAACUCACACUUGCUAAAAAGAAUGUGAGUCAGGAACAGAGACUAGCUGCGGACAGAGAGAUGGAUUUAAACUCUGUCAUUGCAGCUAAUAAAGAGAGAGUAGCAGUAUUAUGCGAUGAAGUUGAGGACUUACAGAGGAAACUGGAAAGAAACAUGACAUCAACCUCGGACGAAGCUCAUAAACUCAGGAAAAUAAUUGAUGAAAAAGACGCUGUUAUUGCCAAAUGCUACGCAGAACAAGAUUAUCUUCAGGCUGAGAAAGACCGACUUGAAAUCGUCAUUCAAGAAAAAGAUGGUGAAACUGAUGACGCAGAACAGAAAAUUUCCUCUCUGGAAAUGGAAAGGAACACUCAAUCAGAAACAGUCAGACGACAACUCGGUGAUUUGGAGUAUGCCGCUGAGAAAGAAGAUAGACUUAAAAAAGAUUUAGAGGUUGCGGUCAAUAGAAUCAAGAGUUUAGAAGAAAAUAUUGAAGCUGAGCGAGCUGCUCACUUAGAAUCAAAGUUCAACUCUGAAAUUGUACAGCUGAGGGUGAGAGAUCUGGAAGGGGCGUUGGAAGUCGAAAAGUCAGCUCGUAGUGAAUCAACAGUCAAUGCCGAUUUGUUGAAUUCUCAAUUGAGAGAGUUAGAAUCAUUAUACGAAGAGGAAAGGAAAAAUGCGAAGAAUCUCAAAGCUCAACUCGACAAAGUGAGCAAAGAAUAUGAAACUGUGAAGAAACAACUGACACAUGAAAUAGACGACAAGUCAUCGAUGAUCUCCAAUCUGUCCAAGCAGUUAGAAUUACAUCAGAAGAAUUUUAAUGAACUGAAGGAUGAGUUAAACAAGGCUAAGAAACGACAGGUGUACUUAGAAGAAACUUACGGUGGCAGUAUGCGAGAGUUAGAACUCUUGCUGCAUAACUUUCAAGUGGAUGGGAAAAAGAAGAGCGCCACCGCAGUUAGAAAAGCUCAUAAAGAUAAACCUUUGACUCCAUCUCUUGUAUUGGAGACCUUGAGGCACACGUUGAUGGAUUACCAGAAUAGACUUGAUGCUACUUCUACUGAAUUAAGCAAGAUGAAGACUCUUUGUGAGAAAUUAACGGCUGAAUGCGAUUCUUAUAAAGAAAUGACGUGGUCAAGAAAUAAAACAGUAGAGCAAGUACAGAAGAGACUAAACACAACUAACAAGGAAUUGGAGCGUGUAAGAAGUGAAUUCUCAGAAAGUGAAACCAAGGUUGCGGCACUUAAAGUGGAUUUACAGCGAGCAAAGAAUAGCAGUGAGAAAAACAAAAAUAAAGUGCAGGAGUUGAAUGAAGAAAUGUCUCGAAUAGUGAAGUACCAGAGAAAUGAUGAAGAGAACAAGCGCAUAUUCCUGCAUGGCCUUUACCAAAGAAUCAUUGCUGGUCGUGUUGUGUUUGAUAAAUCUGAGCCAUCAGUCAGUAAGUUCACAUGGGAUGAUCUGAGUACAACUGUACAGGAGCAAGUAUCAUCUAUGAUGACAUCAAUGAACAGAACACAAGAACAGGCUGAUCAAGCAUGGGAGAAGCUGAGACACACUGGUACGCUACGAGAAGGCCUUGAAUCCGAAUGUGUCGAAAUGCGUAAUAUGUUAUCGCAAUUGCAACACGAACACUCUGCAUUACUCAGUACAUGUGCCUUAUUGAUUGGUGCUCUUAUACCGCUCUAUAAUCGUGCGUCCGCGUUAACCAAUCAAAGAAACCUGUUAGAAGAACAGAUUAGUCAUUGUGACGAUUUUAAGCGUCAAGCAAGAGUACUCGUAGAAACAUUAUCUCAGGAAUUAGAAUGCACUGACGAGAAGCCGUUAGAAAGUGAGCAACGUAGACGUCAUCCAGCGCUGACAUUUCGUAGUGGAGCUAUCGCUGUCAUGGCAGCUAACAGGUUGAAUCAUUUUGUCCGUAGUAGUAAGCAGUUGUUUACAUCCUAUGACUUACCUGGCAAUAUGACAUCUACCAUUGUGUGUGUGACCGGUGUGGAAGACACGCAGACAAAGUUUACAGGUGUUGGGUUAGAAUCAUCUCAUUCUGAGUCAGGUACAGAAAAUAAAACUAUUGACUGGUUAACCAAUCCUGAGCUGCUGAGGAAUAUCUUAGACUCAGUGUCAGAUUUACAAGAACUUGUCAAUAAGACUUCUAUUGACGGAUUUUGUAUAGUUUACUCUGCCCUACAUGAAAUGUUAAUAAAAAUUGACAAACCUUUUGAUCAAAAACUGGAAGCAACUUCUGCAACUAUACAGCAUACAGUUCCCAGUGAACGCUUUGACACUAUUUGUCAAGAAUUGAGCAAUGCCUUACAACGCGAGCAACAGGCGCAGGAAUUAUUAAAUGAACAAAGCAGUCAGCUUGAAGAAUUAAGUUUACGAUUAAAUGAAUUAACGACCGAAGAUUUAGAAAGAAAUGUUACAAUUAACGAAGCUGUCAAGAAUCUUUCUGAAGCAAAGAUGGAGCUCCGGCGCAAAGAACAAUCCCUAAGGCAACUGAACAGACACUUAUCACAACUUGAGAGUGAUAAAAAACAGAUGCACGAGAGUGUUUUUGAUGCAGAAAACUCAAUAAGACAAGCAGCUCGGCUGUUGGUAAUGAAACCAUCAUUUGAACUUAAAAUUUGUUUGAACAUGUUUUGUUCUGAUAAUUUGAUGCCGUCAGAACUUGGUGAUGGAAUGAAAAUGGGACCUGCUAUGCUGGCAUCACAAAGUGUUGUCGCCGCAGUAACAGAUAUAGAACAAGCCUUGAUGUCCCGUGUGUCUGUUCUGGAAAAUGAAAUUACUUCAAACAAAAAACAUGUGGAGACGUUGAAAAAAGAACUUAGUGCAGCAUGUAAAAGGGAAUAUGAAGAGGUUGAUUUUCUUGGAAAUGAACGCCCUCGUUUUGACAGAAAUGGUUACGAAAUGCCAUCCGAGAGAUCAUUUGGUAAACCACGUCCAUUGUAUGAGCCAGAUAGAAGUUACAUGGAAGACUUUGCACCAUUGAGAGAAGAAGUUGAUCAAUCUGCUUACAGUGCCAGAAAAACUGUAAGUCCACGUCAUCAUUACCGAUCAAUGUCUCAACCCUCAUCACGCUCUGCAUUACACCUUUCUCCUAGUCCUAGAAGGCCAACCAGAAGACGAUUAAGUCAUGAAUUCCCAUAUGCAGGUGGUAACUAACUAGUAUUAAUCCAAAUCAAUGAGCAGUCCUAUCAGGAAUAUGGAACACCAUAGCAACAGAUAUUGAUAUUGCCUCUAAGGAACUCCAGUGUGAUGUACUAUAUUUACUCAAUUAGAAGCGCAUACAGACACUUCAGUAAAUGUGUGAAUCUUUUUAGUAUUCAUAUGUAUGUACUUCUAUCGUAGAUUUCAUGGUAUUUUUUUUUUAAAUCACUGUACAUGUGAUUGAUUCGUAAAGGAUGAUGGGCGUCACAAGUGUUUAAUGUGAGUCCCAUAUUAUGCAUAACAACAUAUUCAAGUUGGUCAAGUGCCUUGUUUAUUUCAACACUCACAUUCAACGCUCAAAUUCAACGCUCACAUUUAACGCUCACAUUCACAAUGACCAUCACCCUUCAGGGAAUCAUCUCUGCUAAAAUUUAAUCUUUAAUUUGCAUAUUGAACAUGCAUGACAAUGAACUUAUGGAAUAAUUGAAGAGUUGCUUCUUCUUUUUUCGUGGAAAUUUUCCUGCAUUUUUAUGUCAUAACUUUGAAACCUAACCAACCUUGUGAAUACAAAUAACAUUUUUUCUGAUUUUUGUAUUAUCUUGAGUGUUCUUUGUAAAUUAACAUAACGAGAGAUAAUGAUACCGUCCACAGGUCUAAAUUUGUGUUACUCUCUGGACGCUCACAUUGUGAAACAUGGUCUUCGGGUGAACUCAUCUAGUGUGUCUGUUUCAUACUCAUAUGUACUCACAAAAUAUUGGUGCAGGUUUUUUUCUGUAUUUUCUCAGAUUUGAAUUAACAGGUUAUCAGUACUGCACAUUGUAUACUUCAUGAAAACAUUUUGAGAAACUGAAAGAGGUGUUGAGGUUCAAGUUCAUAUACUUAACUUGUCAAAAUUCAAAAUGUAUUUUAAACUUUUAAAACUGUA